CUGUUGCCUGUUGUCACGUCCGUCAACAUGUUUUUAUUUAACAGGUGUAUUUCAAGUUUCAACAUGUUUAGUUUAUCAAAACGUGAGCUUAAAAAAGUAUAAAAUUAGACACUAAUUAGACUGUGAUUGGAUAUCAAAAUUGGAUUCCUAUAUUUCUGUUUGUAUUAAUUUUUUUUUAAUUGAUAAAUUGACGGUAGAGUAAUAUCUAAAAAAAUCAGAUACAAAUUUUAGAAUUUAAUUUACAAUGAAACCAUCAAACAAUAAACGUCGAAAGACAUUUAAUCAGGAUUAUGAUCAUCCAUUCACUAAAAAUGAUAAAUGUUUAAUAAAUAAUAACACAAGUUAUAUUUCAACACAAUCCUUAACUUAUAAACGUAACAAGAUAGACCAUGAUGAUUAUGAUGAUUAUUCAUGUGACAUAAGAAUAAUGAAUGACUUUCUUAAUGAAGAUUGCCUGAUGAAACUAUUCACGUAUUUGUCAACAUGUGACAGACCCAAAAUUGCAUUGGUGUGUAAAAAAUGGAAUUAUGCUCUUAAUCGUACUUGGUCAAAUGUGAAAAGAAUUAAACUUUCUUAUUGGGCAUUUGAUGAUUGUCAAAAUUUUUUCCAAAGAAAUCCAACAAUUGGUGGAGGAUUUAAAUUUUUAUCAUCAUUGCUUGGUAAAUGUGGUUGAGAUUUAGAUAUACUAAAAAUGAAGAAUUAGUUAAUAUAUUUUCACGUAUGUCUAAAUUGAAAAUAUUAAAAAUUAUAUUUCAAAAUCGUUUUGCUAUACCUGAUACUGUACUUAGUUCAUUGAGAGACGUUGCUGAUACUUUGAAUGAACUCAGUCUAGCAAGUUGGAAUGAAUGCAAAUACGAUCGUGAAAUAUCACAUUUUUUAGUGAUUCCUUACCUAGAUGCCUUGGAACUAAUUUCCCAAUUAAAUGCACUUCAACAAGUUGAAUUUUUUGGUUUUAAAGUAAAUCAAUUAUUAGACGGUUAUCUAAAAAAAUCUAGCAUCAAAUAUCAUAAUCAUCAUCUUGUAAUACAACCAGAAAUUAAAUGUAAUUAUGACGAUCCAAGAUUCAAAUAUUUUCUUGGAGAUAACAUUUAUUCAAGAUCACGAUAUAAUAUUAGAGAUAAUUACGAGACAUUGGACAUGUUUGAUAGUGAAAUUACAGAUGAUUUUUUAUAUAAUAUUGCUAAUAAUAUAAAUGGAUUAAAAAAAUUACGUGUAUCAUGUAAAUGGGUAACUGAUGUUGGUAUAAAAGCAAUUACUAAAAUAAAGACAUUGGAACGUCUUCUUCUGCGUUGCUCUGAUAAUGAUCUCAUCACUGACUCUUCAAUUCAAUUGCUCAAAAAUCUGGAAUAUUUACAUUUACCAGGAAGCAAAAAUAUUACUGAUUAUUCAGUCACGAAAAUUGUUGAAAAUUCUACAAAAUUAAAAUUUCUGUCAUUUCUUGGCACUAGUGUAACUUCUGAAUUCAUCAAAAAAGCAUCAAAAAUAUCAGCAAGUCGUGAAAAGAUAUUACAUGUGUACUUUGAUUCUGAUGAUUUUACGAAUAUGCUAAAAUAUGAAUCACCAUAUUUUAGAAUUUUUAAACUUGAUCCAACUAAUUCUGAACAACCUGAUGCAAUUAUGUUAUUUGGAGGAUUAAAACAAAUAAAACUUAAUAAUCGAAUUAUUUAGUUUAAAUAAAAAAUGCAAAAUCA